UUUGCGCUCCCUGAUUAUCCGUCGGCUGACAGGAUGGCUUCCGAGAUGCGUCCCGUGGUUGUGCGUGUGAGGAAGCAGCCCAGAAACGACGAUCCAACCAUCAUACUGGCAAAGAUGUGUUUACAUAUCACCGUCGUUUGCUUACUUAUGGCAAUCCUAAUUCUCCUCUUGAAAGCUUCGAAUGAUUCGAACAACAAAACCUGCGGCAAGAUGAACAUGUGCUCCGCUAUGUGUCAUAAUGAAAGCACAGUCGACAAGGCAUGAAGUCGACUUCUAAGAACAAUAAAAAGAGCAGAUUUUCAGUAGUUAUGAUUGAAGAAAAGUACGUUUUGCCAUACGGAUUUCUCAUACCGUAUUUAUGGCCUUUCCAAAGGGUUCAUUUUCCAAAGGGUUCAUAAUUUCCAAAGGGUUCAUUUUGUAAACAUUGAUUAAUGAUUCGAACGUGUAAAUGAAACUGUUUGUAAUUUCAAAAUAAUGCAUAUAUUCACAGGAAAAUAUAUCCACAAUAUCAGAUGCAGGUAUAAAAUUCGGUUUGAAUAGAAAAUAUUGCAUUAUAUUAUGAUUCAUUCUUACUUACUUUUCAAAUUGAUAGAAAAUAUUACUUUGAUGUCUUGUGCACCCUUUUUAUAAUUUGUGGAAAACUUCAAUAAAGAGAAUCUGU